AGGAGGAGAGAGUCAGAGGGAGAGAGGGAAACAACUUAAGACGGUGAGAACUGAGGAGUGAGUGAGCACACUUUGAGAGCGGACAGCGCAGGAACAAGGGAGGAAUAUUCAUCAGCAUCAAACAGAGGUGACGUCACAGUGCAAGAGCCCAGCCAUGCUUCUUAUUUUUCUGAUUGCUUCACCACUCCUCCACUCCCACCUCUUCAUCUAUGCGGCUUCUACUUCCCCUCCUAUCACUCGCCCACGGAUCAUUUUUAUGACUGCCCUGGGCUCAGAUAAUGAAUAUAAUGAUGACGAUUACAGUGAUGAAAACAACCCUCCCACUGAAGUUGUGUCUUCUGAGAGGAUUCCUGACGUCCACCGAGAAACUCAGCUCUGUCAGUACAACCCCUGUUUGGAGAAUCAGGAGUCCUGCGCCCAGCUUUCAGCACAGACUGGGUGCCUCUGUCCUGGGGUGAGUGGUCCCGAUUUGCCUCCUCAGCCACCACUCAUCCAAACACUGUUGCCAAUCAGGGAAGGGGAAAACAAAGGACAGAUAGAGGUGCAAUGGUGCGCCCCAUCUUCUGUGGUGUCCGGGUACAGAUUGGUGGUUGAGGGAAGAGAAGCCUUGAAGUUUGGAAAUACUCAGCGUCGAGGUUUGGUGGGAUCUCUGGACGUCGGGACCAAGGUUUGUGUGGAGGCUGUGAACAGUGCAGGAUACAGCCCCUCCUCAGAGUUCUCCUGUCAGCGGUAUGACCCUCCCAAUUCUUCUGACCAUAAUCUGCUGGCCUGGCUCAUAGGUGGAGGAGUCGCCCUGCUUGUGGUUAUCAUCAUAACAGCUGUGAUUCUGUGGAAGUAUAAAAUAUGUUUAAAGGGAAAGAGAGAUUCCACUGAUGGACUAGGGAACCCUUCAUACAGCACAGAGGGAACGCUGUAAUACAGACAAGCAUGGACAAUCCAUCCCAGUUACAGUCCUAGGGUGGUGUUCUGAUUCAUUAUGGAAUCAAAGAAAUGUGUUUAUUCUCCUGUUUCAGGACCAGAUAUGUGAGCAUAAGAGAAGUGGUGUUUGUGUGAUUACACAAACAAUGACAAAUAAUAAUAAUGUUAUCUUGGGUAAUAACUGAAGGUUUGUUUGCAGGCAGAUUAACCUCUGUAGAUUCACUGUAGUGAUGUUUUUUAGGAUCUAAUGUAGCUACUGACUGAAACUUUUGUAAUUCACUAAAUCUUAUUUUAAUAAAAAAAAUAAUAAAAAAUA